AUGCCCCUCCGCUUUGUAGACCUCAAGCGCGAGAUCGCCGCUUCCUACCCCAAUUUCGAGGCUCGUGCGACGCGCGCGUGGGGUGAAAUUGUCGAGCAUCUACAUGAGAGCACGAAAGAUAUCAUCGAUUCGGGGUCAGAUGUCGUUCCUCAAGUUCGCUUCGAGGACCUUGGAAAGCUGACACCUCAGGAGAUCGACAACAUCAAGAAACGGGGCUGCGUCGUUAUCAGGGAUGUGGUGGAUGACGCAGAGGCCCUUGCUUGGAAGACCUCUCUUGAGGAAUUUGUGAAGGCGAACCCUAGUGCCCCAGGAUUCCCAGAGACAAACAAGCAGUUCUUUCAUCUAUAUUGGACAAGGGCACAAGUUCUGGCGCGGUCUCAUCCCAAUCUUCUUGAAGCCACGACGUGGUUGAAUAAGCUCUAUCACAUCAAAGGCCAGGAUGACUUGAAAGAUGUAGAUCUAUCGACUCCCCUGAUAUACGCAGACCGGUUCCGCAUCCGACACCCUGGCACUCAAUGGGAUGCUCAUCCCCCUCAUGUCGAUGGUGGUGCUAUCGAACGAUGGGAGGAUGAGACAUUCCGAACGUGCUUCUCCGAUAUAUUGAACGGAAACUGGAAGCGCCAUGACCCUUAUGAACUCGAAGGCCGCAUCAAUGCCAGGAACUCAAUUUAUGGACGACCAAACCAGGCUAGCGUAUUCAGGACAUUCCAGGGUUGGCUUGCUAUGAGUGAGACGGCUCCUCACGAAGGCACGCUCAAAGUAUUUCCCGAUGUCGUUGCAUCGAACGCAUACAUGAUCCUUCGACCCUUCUUUCGCCCCAUUGCCUCGCCUGUGUCUCAGGAUGCUCUUGAUCCCAAGAACUGGGAAUACGACAUUUCUACACCGGAUUUUCCUGGCAUAUUCAAACGCGACGGCGGGUUCACAGGCCCACGACCGAACCCCGAAAGUCAUCCCCACUUCAGGUUAGAAGACACUAUGACCCCCGUUCCCAAAGUGUACCCGGGAGACAUGGUGUUUUGGCACUGCGACGUAGUACAUUCUGUGGAAGAGGAGCACACCGGAACUAGAGAUUCCGCUGUCAUGUACAUCCCAGCUGUUCCUAUGACGCCACUAAAUGCGACGUAUGUCCAAAGACAAAAGGAAACAUUCAUACAAGGCCUUACUCCUCCCGAUUUUCCCAAAGCUGCUCCAGAGGCUGGAUAUGAGGGCAUCGGAAAAGUUGAUGACAUUUUUGGGCCCGUUGGGAAACGCGCAAUGGGUUUUGAGGUAGAGAUAGCUUCUUGA